CCUUUUAGAACUUCCGGUAAACUUCAGCGUGAUCGAAGUUUCUCCAAGAAAGAACAAAUUAUGGAAGAAUAUGUUCGAGAUCCAUGUCCCUACAGAAUAGUCGAUGAUUGUGGAGGGGCUUUUGCACUGGGAGCUGUUGGAGGAAGUGUGUUCCACUCAAUUCAGGGAUUCAGAAAUGCUGCCAAAGGAACUAAAUUAAGGGGUGCUUUAACAAAGGUUGUAACCAACAGUCCAAGAACAGCUGGUAGUUUUUCUAUGUGGGGUUUAAUGUUCACAACAGCAGACUGUUCUUUUGCACACAUACGAGGGAAAGAAGACCCGUGGAACUCCAUUAUGAGUGGAUUUACAACAGGAUUUAUUUUAGCAUUACCUAAUGGUUAUGCAGCUGCAACAGGUUCUGGAAUAGUUGGGGGGAUAUUACUGGGGAUGAUAGAGGGAAUCAGUCUGAUGAUGAACCGCUGGGCCGGGGAGGAGGCAUACAGGGAAAACGAUACGAAUAGAAGGUUGUUUGAGGACCCUACAGCUGAACCCCCCCAGCCCGAGGCUCCCUCAAUAAGCUCCAUGUUUGGGAUGUUUGGCCCGCAGGCACAGACGAGUCAAUGACAGGCCCAGGACUAGAAUUUUAAUUUAACAAAAUAUAGGAACUUGUUUUAUAUAUUUCACCACAUCUUCAGUCAUUUUCAUCAUACUCAUGUAUUUUUGGAGAACAAAAUCGUUUUCAGUGGAUUCUGAAAAAAUGUGAUGUUUUCAAUACUGUCUUUGAGAAAUUUCACAGGAAUCACAUAUGACAUUAAGAAAGACUAGAAUACUGUGGUUCCCAAGAAUGUGUUUGUUCACGUGUACACUUUUUAAGAAAGACACAAGCUUUGGUAUCUGUAGGGACUUGGAUCUUGCAAAGGGGAUGACUCAAGGUCAUUGUGUGCAACUGAAAAUGCUUGAAGAAGGUUAUCAUUUGAUCACACACAAGUUUUAUUUUCAUUCUAGAGAUCUGAGUCUUAAGGAAGAAUUUUAUAUCAUAUGAAUCAAUUCCAACAAUUUCUUAUAUUAGCAAAAAAUAAUGACCUGUAUCAUGUGAUCUGGGUUAUUUUUGUUUUGACUUUGAGGGUUUUCUCCCUUGAGACAAAAAAAUGUUGGCUGUAUUUGUAUAUCAUUGUUGUUGGUUUUGAAACAUUUAAAAAAAUAUAAUGUACAAAAAAUUAAUAAAAAACUGUAAAAGAA